ACGGAGGCCCACGAGGUUCCAGUGCUACCACGGCUUCUCUGAACGCUCGGCGGGCGGACUGCGUUAUAAAUCAAGAGAAGUUGAGAAUCUGAUGGCAUGGCUUUAAUCACCCUGCGGAGGAACCUUUGUCACGUAUCUGAUUUUUGGAUACAUGGAGCUGCUGUAAAAAAUCAACCUAUAAAUCACAUUCACAAGGUAGUCGAGGGGCAUCUGUGUCCUUGGUUCUGUUCACAAGCACCUGAGCUUUUCAGGAUAAGAUUCCGUCAUGCCUGCUGUAAAAAGUUUCAUUCAGAAAAUGGAAAUGACCCUCAUCCAGUUGGUGAGCCAGUAUACUCUCAAGUACGUGACUGGGACAGGCUUGAGCAAAAUCUUAAAAAUGAGGACGAACAAGUAUUUAUCAGAAGACUAAACAACUUCACUUCAUCAGAAGAAGUGUUAAGUUUCAUAAGCACACUGGAAACUCUCCCUGAUACUGUGGCAGCAGGAGCUUUACAACGGAUUUGUGAAGUGGAAAAAAAAGAUGGUGAUCGGAGGCUGCCAAAAGACAUACUAGAGAAUAGCCUCUUUCAAGCUUUAUGCUUUCAGUUUGAACAGGAACCCUCACAUCUGUCAAAUGCUAGCUUGGUGACUGCUUUGCAAUCUCUGAUUCUGUCGCAUGUGGAUCCUCAAAGUAGCCUAUUACUGAACCUGGUGGCAGAGUGCCAGAAUCGUCUCAAAAGAGGUGACUUGGAAGUUCAUAAUCUUUGUGUUCUUGGGGAAAGUCUGAUUAGACUGCAAGGUCCAGAUUGUGUGACACUAGAACUGAUUAUUUAUCAACUGCAAGGUGAAAAAUUGGAAAUAUUUACCCCAGAGGAUAUUGUGGCCCUUUAUAGAAUAUUACAGGCCUGUGCUGAAAAAAUGGACCAACAGCAAACAUUUUUAAAUAAGAUAAACAAUUUUUCCCUUUCAAUAGUUCCCAACCUGAGUCCUAAAUUGAUUAGCCAAAUGCUCACUGCCCUCGUUGCUCUUGAUCAAACUCAGGCACUUCCUCUGGUUAUAAAAUUGGGUAAAUAUGUUGUGAGGCACAUCACACAUUUCACUAAUGAGGAACUUGGAAGAGUCUUAGAAGCUUUCAUAUAUUUUGGGCACAGUGACAGAUUUUUUACAAAAGCCCUAGAGCAACAGGUAACUGCACUUUCUCUCACCUUGGAUCCCGAAGUUGUCAGCAAAAUCAUGGAGUACUGCAGUAGAAAACUGAUUCUUUCAACACCCAUCUUUGAUGCAGUGGCAGAAACUUUUGUUUGCCAGUCGGAAAAAUUUUCACCUAGUCAGGUUUCUAAAUUAAUUGAACCAUUUGGAAAACUCAAUUAUUUGCCACCAAAUGCCUCUGCUUUAUUUAGGAAGCUAGAAAAUAUGCUAUUCACUCAUUUUAAUUAUUUUCCACCCAAAACACUACUGAAACUUCUCCAUUCAUGUUCACUUAUUGAACGUCAUCCAGUCAACUUUAUGGCGAAAAUAUUCAGCCCGUUUUUCCUUCAACGUCUUCAAGGUGAAGAAUCUUAUUUGGACAGAUUGAGUCUGGCCCAACUGACCCAACUUUUCUUAACCUCAGUCCUAGAAUGCCCUUUCUAUAAGGGUCCGAAACUUCUUCCUAACUAUCGAGUGAAAUCAUUUCUUACUCCAUGCUGUUCCCUGGAGACCCCUGUGGAUUUUCAGCUUUAUAAAUCUGUGAUGGUUGGACUGAUUGACCUUUUAGGAGCAAGAUUGUAUUUUGCUUCAAAAGUGUUAACACCUUAUUGUUAUACAAUAGAUGUGGAAAUUAAAUUAGAUGAAGAAGGAUUUGUAUUGCCAUUCGCAGUUGAUGAAGAUGUCCAUAAAAGGGUAGCACUGUGCAUUGAUGGUCCAAAAAGAUUUUGCCCUAAUAGCAAACACUUAUUAGGAAAAGAAGCUAUUAAACAAAGACACCUACAGUUACUUGGUUAUGAAGUUGUUCAGAUCCCGUAUCAUGAGAUUGAUAUGCUAAAAUCAAGACUAGAAUUGGUAGAAUAUUUGCAAAGAAAGCUAUUUUCUCAAAGAACUGGUGUUCAUUGGUAACAAGAAGGAAUAUUGGCUUCAGAACUUAAUGAAAAAACUUAUAUUUUUAUGGGACUCGGUAUUUAAAAAAGAAUAUCAUGUGAAUUAGCAAUUUUGCAGAAUUAUGUUUAUAUUAUACCUUUCUAUGUCUGGUUAUUCUAGAAAGGGUCUAUAGUUUUCCUUAUACCAUGUAUACAUUUAUCAGUGGUAAAUUCAAAAUUAAUUUUAAUUUAAUACUAGUGUCACAGAUGCCUUUUAUACAUCAAACAGAAUUGAUCACGUGCAAUAAAGAAAUGAAUAUUAUUUUUAA